UCUCCCUCUUCCUGCGCGCAUUGAUACUGCUGUGCCGAGGCUGGGGGUGAAUGAGAUUGAAGAAGAGUUCUUGUUUUGUAUCUCAGUUUCUCUCUUUUUAGACAAAUUAAAUGUAAAAAUCCAAAACUGCAGAACGGAUACCCCGACACGUUUAAUGGAGGGAAUUUGGACCGUUAUGUAAUAAAUUUAUAUGCUGGAAGAAAUCCGGAGGACAGAUACUGGGGUGUUUGUAAAUAUUUAUUUAAAUAAUUUGUGUGUGAGGAGAAGAGGUUUGACUGCUGCUCAAGUGAGUAUAAGAGAGGAGCGCUGGAGAGCAUUGGACCAGUCUCCCAGCCACGUGCUGUGCUCUCAGAAGCGAAUUGGAUGGUGUUCAAAGCUGGGUAUAGUGUGCAGCAGGCUGAGAGCUCCUGGGGACUGGACUGCUGGCAGAAAGAAUCCAUAAUGGAGUUACAAACAUUGCAGGAGGCUCUGAAAGUGGAAAUACAGAUCCAUCAGAAACUUGUGGCCCAGAUGAAGCAGGACCCACAGAACGUGGACCUGAAGACGCAGCUCCACGAGUUACAAGCCAAGAUCACAGCUCUGAGCGAGAGGCAGAAAAAGGUAGUGGAGCAGCUGAGGAAGGACCUGCUGGUGAAGCAGGAACAGCCAGACGUGCGGCCGGACUGCAAGGCCCCGGCGCCCCCCGCAGGCCAAGCCGCCCUCUCCCUGCCUGCACACAGCCCCGGUGGCCAGCAGAAGGCUGUGUCCGUCUCCUCGGUCAUCGCCACGAAGACCCUGCCUCUGGUGCUGAAAGCUGCCACCCCAAUGUUGCCCACUUCUGCUGUGAUGCAGCGGCCCACAGUAGCCAUGGUCACGGCUAUCAGCAACACGCCCAAGUCCGGCGCCGUCAGCCCUGAUCUACAGUGCGUGCCAAUCGACCUUCAGACGCCUGGCAAGCUGGCCAGUCAGGGAGCAGAUCCUGUGCGAAUAGUUCCCAAGAACACCGUUGUAGUGCAGACCACCUCUGCUGCCCAGCCUAUCAGAGUUCCUCAGUUCAUCCCCCCUCCUAGACUGACUCCUCGACCCACCUUUCUCCCACAGGUCCGACCCAAGCCUGCCACACCCAACAAUGUGCCUAUCGCUCCUGCGCUGCCGCCACCCAUGAUGGCCGCCCCGCAGUUGCUCCAGCGGCCUGUGAUGCUCACCGCAAAGAUGCCCUCCGCCCCCUUGGGGCCCUCAGGGGGCCCCGUUCACCAGGUGCACAUCGUUAACGGACAGCCCUGCGCCACCAUCGCCAAGAACCUGUCAGGCGGUCAGCUGACGGGCAUCGUCAUCACCACCCCCAACACCCACCUAGCUACCUCCCACACACUGCAGAUCAGCAGCAUCAGCGGGGAUUCCAAGACUGUUAAAGCUCAGGGCACUACGGAGCAGACGGAGCCCCCCAGCAUCUCCUCCUGCACUCCCACCCCUCCCCCUCCGCCAAAGCCUAAACGUGAAGAGAACCCCCAGAAACUGGCCUUCAUGGUCGCCCUGGGACUCGUGACUUACGAUCAUCUGGAAGAGAUUCAGAGCCGGAGGCAAGAGCGCAAGCGGAGGACAACAGCGAAUCCCGUGUACAGCGGUGCUGUGUUUGAGCCAGAGAGGAAGAAGAACACUGUCACCUACCUGAACACGCCACUCCAUCACGGCACCCGCAAGAGAGGUCGCCCUCCCAAAUACAGCACUGUGGCGGAGCUGGGCUGCCUCGGCCCGGCCUGCCCUGCCAGCAGCCACCCUGCCUCCCCGGCCCCCGACAGGCCCGUCCACUCCCACACCCUCCCUGUGCCCAGCCCCAGCUUCGGGGAUGGAGACAUCCAUGAGGAUUUCUGCACUGUGUGUGGGCGCAGUGGCCAGUUGCUCAUGUGUGACACGUGCUCUCGUGUUUACCACCUGGGCUGCCUGGAGCCGCCCCUGAAAGCCAUUCCCAGAGGCAUGUGGAUCUGUCCCAAAUGUCAAGACCAGAUCCUGAAAAAGGAGGAGGCGAUCCCGUGGCCCGGAACCUUAGCCAUCGUCCAUUCCUACAUCGCCUACAAAGCAGCUAAGGAGGAGGAGAAGCAGAAGCUGGUGAAAUGGAGCUCUGAGCUGAGGCAGGAGCGUGAGCAGCUGGAGCAGCGGGUCAAGCUUCUCAGCAGCUCCAUAACGAAAUGCAUGGAGAGCAAGAACACUAUCCUGGCCCAGCAGAAUGAGAUGCAGGCCUCUUUGGAAAAGGUCAAGGGUUUAGUCCACCUCAUCCAGAGCGCCCGUGUCGGGCGGUCAUCGGAAACUGUGUCCCCGGACAGCAUCGGGGACCACGUUACGGACUGUGGAGGCGGAGACUCCUCUAACAGCACCAACGCCAAGGGUGAUGCACACAUGGACGAAGGUGAUGGAGGAGGCCAUGACAGUAACGGCAAAACCUCAGAACCUUCCCAGAAUCCUGUGCUGCCCAUCCUUGAUAGCUCGGAGAGGGCAGACUAAUGCCCGGAGUCGCCACGAACAAGAAGCAGAACACUGGAUUCAAAUAAACACACAAACGCAGCCACUCUGUGCAAAGGUGGUGCCAACAGUCGCCAAUCUAUAUAUGUAUAUGUACAUAGGUUUUGUUUCGUUUCAUUUUAUUGUUGUUGUGCAUUGUCAGACUGUGUCAUCACUAGAUCUCUGCCAGCCUUGGGGAACAGACCAUCUCACUGGAAAGUUCCAGGCUGUUUUUUUUUUUUUUACCAGUGCCACACCAGUUAAUGGUAGGAAGGAGAAACAGUUUUGAUGAUGAUAAUAAUAAUAAUAAUAAUUAUAAUAAUAGUUUAAAACGUCAUACCAGUGUGUGCCUGCAGUAGUCGCCCUUGAGCCUCUCGUGGGGAAUUUUUCUUUUCACUUGUGUUAGUCCUCAAUACCAGGGAAUUUGGAUCAGAAGCUGAGAAGACGACUCGAUGCUCACCUUCGGGUCCUGCUGUCGGCGCGGAGAGAAGCCGAACAGGAAGCAAUGCGAGCUGGGCUUUCCACGGCAGUGUCAGUAUUGGUUUGGUACCAAGGAAUCCCACCCCCUUGCCCCCAUAAUGCAGGGAGGAAACUGGUGUGGCCUGCCCCUCCCCCAGGGUCAUUUCAGUGUCCACUCUCCGUGCAUCUCUGUCUAACUUCUACUGGCACUAGCGAUGACAUUGCAAGAAUGCAAUCUCUAAAAAACAAAUUUAUUUAUUUAAUUUGUAAACAUUUCUUUUAUAGGAUAAUAUUUUCAGGUCUUCCUAGCGUUCAGAAAAUUCAAAGUGCUUUUCUGUUUCGCAGCAGUCAUUUCUAAUAAAAGGUAUUAGACUUGGAAUAGUUUCUGUAAAUAAUUUUCAUUUUUAAAAGGAUCUUUGCAUUGAAGAUAUACUUCUGUGUUAGAUUCUGAACUGCCAAAUGCUAAUGUAUCCAAAUCCAGCAGGGACAUGUCUUUUUCUUUGAAGUCAAUCACAAAAACAAGAUGUAUGGAGAAAUGCGCACCUGCAACAUCAGGAAUUUCGUGAGGGGUCGUUUUUAUCAGGUGCAUCCGCAGGGCUCCGCAGCACGACAAUGUUCACAGAGGUGGAGGAACAUCAGAACUGAAGCACAAAUCCGUUUCCCACAGGUAGCGAGAAAUUGUUGUGGCGCGUCGGCUUUCCGGCAGAAUGGCUAAGAGCGGUGAGAUGCAAGCCAUGACCUCAGGUCAGAGAGAGAGACUGCGGAGGGGAUGUAGAGCAGAAGCUGGGGCCCUGCCGUGGGACCCCAGCAUCCGCUGCCCUCCCUGGACAUACGCACACCUCUCAUGGAUGUUUGGUCUGCAAUGUGGCCAUUAGAAAGUUCCAGUCCCCUGUCGUGAAUAUUGUUCCCUUAAAUCAAAUGUCCAUUUGUAUAGAGAUUAAAAUUCCUACCUGCUGAAUUUUCAUGCAAGAUCUACAGAAGCAAAUCCCUGACAGUCUUAGAUGGGUAUAGUAUUGCAGGUCCAUCUGUCUGCAGUCAGUGAGCAUCUCGCUGGCCGUUUUCACCAACGCUUCCCAGCAGGACUGAGGUGUCCCUGUCUUCAUACCUCGCAUAUCAUUUUUAUUGCAUAUUUCAGUUUGUAUCAGUUUUCAUUGCGUAAGCCUUCUUGUUCAUUUCGUUUUUUCUCAUAUGACAGAAUCAUGUAAGAAGUUUUUAAAUAAUACUGAUCUUUUACAUUGGUUUUAGAGUGGACUCCAAAUGAUCUUGAGAAGCUUAUUCCAGCAAAACCGGUGUAUAAAAACAGUAUAUAUAUUUUUGUUCACAUUUGGAAAGAUGAGGUGGAGAGAGCCUCAGAGAUGUAGGAUCAAACCCUUCACCUCUAAACUGCUUUAGACAGUAUUUCUGAAUUUUCUGAAUAGUCAGAAUUCAGGUCUUUCUGGUUUUCACAUGUUCUUCACAAAAACAACAGUCAAGACAAUUUCAUUUGAAUUUUGACAUAAUGUGAUUUAAAAGAAUGUCAUUUGUUAAUCGUUUAAGAACGAGACAUCAUAAGGGCUUACUGAGCUGUGUGAUGCUCGCCAUUGUGCAUUGAACAUAUCAGCGUGUAGCUUAAGAAUGAUUCUGUAUGUCGGUAGGAGUAAUUCUCUAUUCCUUGUUUUUACUGCCUUCAAAAACCACUUUGCCACCAGUAUACUUUUGUAAGUAUUGACAGCAGGCACUGGUCGUAUCUAUUUCCAGAAUGUGUUUGGUUAUAUAUUUCCGAUUGAGGUGUUAAAGUUCUAAGUCCAUUUCUAUGGAUGAUAUGUCUGUGUUAUUUUUUUUUUGAUACUUUAAUUCUUAUUUUUGAGAAUUUAGAUCAAAAAAGUGAGACAAAAAGCACAACUGUUGUUUAUCUGAUGCAAAAACUGUUGCAGCAAGUCUACCAGGAACAUUUGGGUUCUCUGAUGACGUGAAGACAUUGGAAUUUUCACGUCCUGUGUUUGUUUUCCGACUAGUGUGGUCUGUCCUUGGCUUCCAGUGAGUGGCACAGAAAAGCAUUUGUCUAGCAGUUGCCUUAAUGAUUGGAUUCUCAUCUCAAACUUGAGCUUUUUGUUCUGUAUGGUAUUGUAGGUCAGAUCAUAGUGUGCUUUGUAUCUUGAGUGUUCUAAGAGCCUCAUGGGGUAAUGUGCACAUUCCCAGUGGGAAAUGUUUCAGAGCUUUGGUCUGAAACGGGGGAAAUACUGUCUCUGAUUGGUUGGUUUGUGGUUUCAUUCUCAGAUCCCAGCACAUGAGUGGUUUCUGAUUUCCAUGACAAAAUGGCCAUCACUGUUGUUGAGGGUAGAUGAAGGCAGAUCGUGAUGGACAGUGAGCCAUAUUUACCAAGAAAAUGUGAGAUUUUAAAAUGCUUUUUUUUUUAUUGCCAGGUCUCCCAAAGCACUUUUUCCAUAAAUGCCUUGCUAGUAUUAAUUUCUCGCAAAAUAUAUAGAUGAAUGAAAAGUGAUCAGGCAAAAUUUCCAUAUUAAAGGUAAUUUUAAUGUAAAUUAAUAUUAUAAAUGCAUAUUUGAGGUCCCAUUCUUUUGCUGAGGUAUACAGUUUAACCCACUGGUACGAACAGUGGUGUUAAUGUCUGUGUAAUUAUUUAGCAAAGUUUUAGGUUUUUUGUGUCCUACAAAUGCAUGUUAUCUCUGUAGUAAGAUCAGAAACAGCUUUGAUGCUUGGAAACUGAGUUGAAGCCAGUGAUAAAUUUAAUACAGAGAAUCAGUGGGGAAUGAGUCACAGACUUGAUGAAUGAGGUGUGAUCUGUGCAUUAUUACAGAGGAUGACAUACAGAGCUGUCCAAUCUUUUCAGUUAAAUGGAUGUCACCUUAUGCAAUUUUUGAAUGGGAAAUUUAUGUUUUCAAUACAUGUAUACAUUUUUUUGUCUUUAGGUAUUGGUUUUAACUCUGACGUAUUGGUUUGGUAAUCAUAUAAAUGGACAUUUGAAGAAAAAAACAUUUUCUGCUGAACAGAUGAAAAACAGGGCACCUUGCGAGCCAACUGAUCGUUUCCCAUCGAUGUUCUCAUUGAGAACAGGCAGGCGAUGUGCUUCUCUGCACUGGGCAGACGGGCUUGUGGGGAAUCUGCUCGCUCUCUUGUUUUUAUUGAGCAUGAUUAUAUUAACACGGCCUCCUGUUGGUGCCCAGCGCUGAAUGUUAAUGAACUUUGAGAGCGGGGAACGGGUCAGACAUGCAAGUCUGGAGUUCUGUGUGACCAGUGAGAACAAACCAAGCAUCGUAUGGAGUCACGCUUUAACGUUCAAAAGCCAGUAUACCCAAAGAAAACUUCACCGUGCAUUCUUCUGAAGUCUUUUAUAUGCAUUUUGAAUACAUGCCAGUUUAUUUUGUAUUGUAAACACUUCUUUUUUCCAUAGAGUACCUUUUGGGUCCAUUCAGGGUGUUUAUAAGGAUACGUGAUCUUCAUCAAAGGGUUUUGACUCUUUUGUGAGUGUGGGGGAGGGGGUUAAAUUUUUGAUACAGUACAAAUUGCCAAACUGCUUUUUAUUAUUAAGCAGAACCAUUACUGUUCUAAAACCGUUCGCAGAUUAACUGGCCUAAUAUAACAAAGUACUGCUGUGUCUGCUGCUCCAUCCGUUCCCGUAGCACUGACUCUGUCCAUAUCCAGUAUCCCGUAUCGUCACAAGCGUGGCCUUUUGCUGUUAUGGCCUCAUCCUCACUGUACUAUGACCUUCUGUGACCUUCGGUGACCUCUGUGUUGCUCACUUUAUAAAGCCUCCACUGUCAUUUCAAUUGGAAGACAUUUUGAUUGUGCAAAAAAAAAAAGUUAAAUCUUCCACUAUUUUUUAACUCAGAGAUGCAUUGUAGCAAUCUGAAGCCACAGCAAUGGGCAAAGCCAGUGUGCUGAACCUUAUGUGUAAGUUGUUUAUUACACAAGCAACAUAUUCUUCUUAUUGUUUUUUUCCUGGAUUUUUAAAAAGGGAUGUGUUUAAUUUUCUAACUCUUGUUACGGAGCCAUUUUGUUUGCCUGAUGACGUUAGUGAAGCACUGGGUUUCUGUACCUCUCCUGUGUCUGAGCCUCACCUGUGACGACUUAUUUGUAUGCAGUGUUUAGCGAAUACCUUAGCACCGUUGGACGCGGAGAUUAGGAGCAUUUUGAUCAAUUUGUAUUUAUUUAUUUUCCAUUUUGCUAAAUAAAAAAAGACACCAAC